AUGAAAAAUGAUUUAGCGGCUUCCAAAGUAGGAACAUUAACUGCUGGUGCUUUGGGUUCCUUAAUUUUUGUGUUUUUGCUCACAGCUUUGUCAAAUUUUCAAAUGUCUUCAAUCGGUGAGCAGGUGAAAGUUGGGCUUACCGAAGUCUUCUUAUGUCUAGCUAUUGCUGUCAUUGCUUCGGCUACUAUUCAUCGAGUUGCCAUAACGGUUUGUAUUCUGUUCUCCGUGUUUUUAUUGUUUUUAUUGACUGGAAUUAGUCAGACGAGGUAUACAACGACAGUUGUGCAACAAGUCACACAACAGCGGAAGAAAAAGUAG